AUGGCGUCAUUAACCGGUCAAACGAAUCAAGAGGAACUUUUGUCUAUGGAAGAAGAACCAAAUUAUUAUAAUCAACGAGGUGAAAUUGCUACAUUCUAUUCUGGAAAAAAAGUUCUCGUAACAGGGGGUUUAGGAUUUUUAGGAAGGCUUAUAAUAGAAAAACUUUUGAGUGCAACACCCGUGCGUUUUAUGGAUAAUAUUCGUUUUAUGGUUAAUACGAAUGUUCGAGAAACAGGGAAUCUUUUCUUGCUUGCACAGGAGAUGAAAAGCUUGAAAGCCYUUGUCUAUGUAUCAACGGCAUAUUUGAACUGCGUAUAUAAUAAAAUUGAAGAAAAAUUCUAUAAGCCACCUAUAAAGACAGAAGACAUAAUUAAAUUGACAGAGAUUUUGAACGAAAAUCAAUUACGGCCAUGUAUUGUUGUCUCAUCGGAAAAGGAACCAAUUGCCGGUUGGAUAAACAAUCUAUAUGGAAUAACAGGUGUUGCUGUAGGUAGUGCGACUGGUGUUUUACAUACGAUGUAUUGUAAUAAAAACUUUAUUUGCGACAUCAUUUCUGCCGACUAUGUUGCCAACAACAUUAUUGCUGCCACAUUGCAAAAAAACAAGUGUUUUUCUGAUACUUACAUAAAAGGAAUUCGAGUUUUUUUACUAAAAGACCUGAUGAAGACGGUUGAAGAAUCAAGACCAUUUAAUAGAAGAACUUGGAGAGUAGUGUAUUUGGUCAGCUACCCCCACUCCAAGGUCACAUCGGGGUCAGGUGAUCCGCGCAGAAUUCAAUACAUUACAAAAGUUCAGCUAGUCAGUAAUUCCGAGGUUACUACUAGCAAUAAGCAGCAAAUUAAGAGCAGAUCAUUACACAAGGUCCAAGCGAUACACUGA